GGAGGGGCAGGAUCAACGUCUUUCUAAAGCAACUGUAGAUCCUCGACAGCAAACCAACCUUAUUUUUUACCUAGUCGCUCUUUUCCUGCACCAAAAGCACAUCCCUCAUGGAAGACAUUAAAGCACUGGUUGAUUGGUCCACCGACCACGGUGCAACUUUGCAUCCCUCCGUCGAGGUGUACGAUGAUCCAACAACCGGAUUCUCGUUCCGCGUCAAGCCUUCCAGUGAAAAUCCCCUGCCAGCCUGGGAUCAAGUUGUCAGCUUGCCGACGAGACUCUCGCUAUCAUACCUGGAUGUGAUUCACGCGGCCAGCUCGAACCCCAUAUUCCCAGCUGAAUUCGUCUCUCAAACGCCACCUCAUGUCAUUGGCAGAUUCUUCCUCGCCAAACAGUACCUACUAGGCAGGGAUUCAUUCUGGUGGCCCUACAUCCAGGCACUACCGCAGCCAGCUGAUGAGGACAGCUGGUGUCUCCCGCCGUUCUGGCCUACAGACGAUGCUGAACUGCUGGAGGGCACGAAUGUCGAGGUUGGGUUGGAGAAGAUCAGGGCCGAUGUUCGCAAAGAACACGCAGCUGCAGCUGCUCUCCUAAAGCAGCACGGCGAUGAAAAAGACAAGGAAAUCAGUAUGAAACUCUAUCAGUGGGCAUACUGCAUUUUUUCAAGCAGGAGUUUCAAGCCGAGCCUCGUGCUAGCGGAGGAAGAGCAGACGCGACUUCCAGACGGCAUCGGCAUCAACGACUUCUCGGUGUUGUUGCCGUUGUUUGACAUUGGCAAUCACGACAUGACGCUAGACGUGCGGUGGGAACUGCAACAGAAACCUCACAACACAUGCGAGCUCAGAGUUGGGCGCAGCUUCCAGCCAGGCCAGCAGGUCUUCAACAACUACAGCAUGAAGACGAACGCUGAGCUCCUGCUCGGGUAUGGCUUCAUGAUCCCGCCCACGGAGGAGUUGCACAACGACUACACGCACGUUCGUAAGCGAACGAGCUCACCAAGUGCCUCAGAGGAAUACUACAUCUCAAGGCGCCCGAUGGCCCAUUCCAGCUCACUUCUUGGUCGUUACCGGCAAGAACUGACGGUGGAGCUACCCGAGGGAAAGUCCAUCAUCGGCACGUUCCAGCAUGUACAGCCAGAUAUGGUGUGGGACAUUUUCUGCACCCUUUGUCAGCCGGAGGAGAGGGCUCAGAUAAUGCCCAGCGACGCCGCAACCCUAGAGGAACAAGAAGUGGCCAGGCAGAGACAGUUCUUUAGUGGCGAUGUCAAACAAGGCUCCCAGGCGCAUGCCUACUUGGAGCAUACCAUGGGUAUCAUUCAGCACAAGGUAAUGCAAGAGUUGGAGAGAUUGGAAGAGACGGAGGUGGAGCUUGUAGACGGUCAAGAGGGGGAUUUGACAAGGAAUCAGCGACUGGCGUUGGAGUAUAGACGGCGUUGUCGGGCAGUGUUGGAAAAUACCCUAGAAGCGAUGGGCUUGGAGGAGGAGGCAGCAUAACUCACAGUGGCCGACAUGUGCUAGGUGAUAAUGGAUCCAAAAUGAAACUGGGCACGCCCAGAAUCAAAUACUUGACUAGAUAUAGAGGUCAAAGAAAGGACUGGCUGUUCUUAGAACUCAUUAAGAUGCUCAAUGGUAGUCCGUAGGGAUCUCUCCUAGACAGCCCCCACCAGGCUUGGUCGUCUCCUCACCCACCCACCUCCUCACACAAGGGCAACUCGCAACUCUCACAAAGCACCACGCGUAGCCAAAUCUCUACAUCAUGAGUGCAAACAGAUUCCUCGAUUUGAUCGACAAG